AUGUCGUCGAUUGAUGCGCGUCUUGCGGAACUCGGGUACGUCCUCCCGGAGGUGACGACGCCCAAGGGCAACUACAAGCUUGCGGUGCGCUCGGGCAACCAGAUCUUCACGGCUGGCCACAUCCCGACGAACGCCAACGGCGAGCUCAUCACGGGCAAGGUCGGCCAGGACGUCACGAUCGAAGCUGCGUACGAGGCUGCGCACUUUGUGGCGCUCUCGCUCCUCGCGACGAUCAAGGCGGAGCUCGGCGGCGACCUCAGCAAGGUCAAGCGCAUCGUCAAGACGAUGGGCUUUGUCAACUGCGUCGAUGGCUUUGCGCAACAGGCGUCGGUGAUUAACGGCUGCUCCGACACGUUCGCCAAGGUCUUUGGUGACCACGGCGUCGGCGCCCGCUCGGCUGUCGGCACGAACGCGCUCCCGCUCAAUGUCCCCGUCGAGAUUGAGAUCAUUGUUGAGAUUGAGGCGUAA